AUGGACAUAAAAUUCAAGGCGCGCUCACUAUGGAACACGUGUAAAGAAUUGACGAUUCGGUGUACGAAAUCGCUGAAAAAUGGAAUCCGAUUCUCUGAAAUGUACGAAAUGGUCCCAUGGACCCCAAAAUCAAUGGAAUACAUCCUCGUCUUUGUCCUCUUCCAUAUCUACCUACUGUAUAUUUUGAUUUUCUGCGUUUCUCUGGAAAUUUCCAGAAAUUUCCGUCUGAAAUCCUCGGGAAUCGCUCCGAUCACCGGACAGAUCAAAGAGAAAAUAUCGAUUUUCUUGACCUACUUUUUUGUUUUUCAAUCGGUUUCCCGGUUGACGUUUGGCGCCGCCACGUGGCACCGAUUCGUCGGAUGGGCGUGUCAAGUGAAGCCACAAAUCAAUUUUAAGCCUCAAAUCAAACUCGGAAAAAGCAAAUCAUCAGAAUCAGUGAUUUCUGUCAAGAAUGCCUCAAAAAUCGAUACUUCGAUUGGACUAGGUAUGGAAUCUGAAGAUGAGGAAACUCGAAAAUCCAUCAAAAAAUUGGGAAAAAUCAAGAAAAGUGUGGAUUUUGCAACGGAUCUGACUGAUGCUGUAAUUAUGGGCAAGGAAGAACCUGAAGACUCAAUUUGUAUGGUUCAAAAAUGGUUGGAGGAUUCUGAAUCGUUGAAUUCUGAAGACGUCAGAAUUCAUGUUCAGAAGUUGAUGGAGGAGAAUGAGAAAAUGAAAAAGCAAACUUCUAUGAUCAGUGAAACUGGAGCAUAA